AUGUCUCAGUCUCCUCACAAUCUUAACACGCCUGACGACCACAACGCUGCGCUAAAACGGCGCAUAGCAGCUUUGGAGGACCAAAAUGCUGAGCUCAGAGGAGAAAGCGGCCCUAAAAGCCGUGGUGAUCCAUACCUCAUGACUGGGCGAGCUAUUCGGCGCCUCGUCAGCUUAACUGACCGAAUCGAAGACCUUGUUGGAGAAUACGAUCGAAGGACCUCCAUGUACGAUGACGACGACGACCCACAACACACUGAAGAGGAGGAACGUACCUAUCAAUCAUUUCAGCAAUUGCUGCGCUGGGUCCCAACCGUCCGUGGCCUCAUCUCCUCUCAAACCGAUGGACAUCAACUAAAUAUUGCUUAUCAGAAACUCAAUCGAGGAGCCGAUUCAGCAAGGGGCGAUGACGCGGCUUCUAUGAAGCUAGCGGUGGCCUCAUGGCUGAACGAGAGUUCCCCACCUCCCAACCCGCCAAUCCACUCGCGUGACAAGACAGGACGUGGUUUUUAUAACGAUGCGACUGCCAAGCUUCUGUGCCCUGUGGACUUCAAGUGGGCUGAUACUGUUGCCAAAGAAGGGAUACGGAACUAUGAACCGAAUUUUCAAGUCACAGCUCACUCAUGGCCCUCAUUUUUGUACAGAGAUGGUGAGUAUGACCCGGAUGACCCAACCAAAGGGCUCUUUAAAGGCUCUUUUCUCGUCAGGACUUUCAAGCACAUUUUCACGUCCCCCAGUUCUGCAGCAGAUGCGCGACCUGACGAAGAGCUUCCCCUUGAACCGCUACCUAAACGAUCCAGGACCCAGGGCGAACGUCGUACUCGGUCUGAUGUUGCUACUUUGUUAGGAAUGUGCUCAGUGCAACCAAGAGCCAUUGCGUAUUCAGCGGUACAGCUACGGUUUGCUCUCUCGAGCUGUGGCUCCUGGCGAAACAUCGAUGAUGACUUCGAACAUGACCAGUUUUAUGUAUACAUCGUCGACUACUUUGAGAAUCCGCCAACGCCCACAGCCAAAGCUUCUGUUGAUGCUCUUCUCGUGUGGUGGAACCGAAAGGUCUUUGGCCCCCGCAGCGUGUCCACUUAUUCCCCUCAAGUUGCGGCCCACUAUUCAGUUGCUAAUACCUCUGCCAAACGUUACUGA